AUGGUGAGAUGUAUUUUCCAGGUUCUUGUGGCGGUGGUGCUAGUGGCAGGCACCACAAGCGCUCUUGAUUUUGGAAAGCUCAAGGACUACGCGACGGACAUCAAGGAGCAGUUCACAAACAACGCUACAGACCCCCCGGCGGGAAAAAGACCACUACACCCACUUCUAUCUGGCUUGGAAUUCGGCGGCACUGGCAACGAUGCGUACGAGUAUCGGGACGCCGUUGAGCCAGGAGAAGUUGUGAAGGGCGUUACGAUCCGUACCGGCAAGCGCGUCAACGGCAUUGGCAUCAUUCACCAAAAUUUGGCAGGGGAGCCGGUUACAAACUACGUUGGCGGGGAAGGUGGAGAUCCACAAACACUCACUCUUAACCCGGGCGAGUACAUCAUAAGCAUCGAGGCCCAUACUGGUGAGAAGGAUGGUCGAAAGCGCAUCUCGUACAUCAAGCUCACCACCAAUAAGAACAACUCUAUCUCAGGUGGAACACCGACGAAUGAGGUUGGUAAGGAGAGUGCUCAGGAGGGUUACCAGGUGGGUGGAUUCUAUGGAAAGCGUGGCGAUGAACUCGAUUCAGUGGCUGCUAUUUGGGCGACUAUUUUGCCUUAG